CGCAUGUCAAACAUCUGUUGUUUUGUGAUUGAAACAAAUCAUAAGUUUUUUUGGAGAUGAGGUGGAUCUGGAUAGGAUUUGUUCCUCUUGCGAUGCAGGUGUCUUUGAUUUCUGCAGGCAUCUGGAGGAGAGAACAGGAGUGUCGUGCAUCUGCGAACGGAGGACAUACAGAAACGCCAGCUCGAGCCAAACGUUAUGCCGUCAACCCGCUGGGCUACAAGUGGCAGCACUUCAACAUCACCUACAAGAUCACAGCGUUCCCCAACACGCUGAAUAAAGAUGACACCCGUAAGGCCAUCAGCAUUGCCUUCACCAAAUGGAGUGAUGUCUCACCUCUGACUUUUAGCGAAGUCACCAACCCUAACAAGAGUGCUGAUAUCAUUAUUGGUUUCUACACAUUUAAUCACACAGACUGCUGGUGGUCUCCACUGCACCCCUGCUUUGACGGGCUAAACGGAGAGCUGGCUCAUGCCUUCCUGCCCCCGAGGGGGGAGAUUCACUUUGACAAUCAUGAGUUCUGGAUCCUGGGCAAAUCUCGUUUCAGCUGGAAACAGGGUGUAUGGCUCAACGACCUGGUUCAGGUGGCAGCCCAUGAGAUCGGCCAUGCUCUCGGCCUGUGGCAUUCACGUGACCCCGGCGCUCUGAUGCACCCCAACGCCACGUACACGGGGCAGCGUGACAUUUCUCAGGAUGAUAUCUGGGGCAUUCAGCGUCUUUAUGGCUGCUUGGAUAAGAAGCGUGUGUGUGACCCCUGGGCACGGUUAGGCUUCUGUGAGAGUAGACGGAGUUUCAUGAAGAAACACUGCCCUCAGCGCUGUGACCUGUGUUACGAGCCCCCGGAAGCUGGGUCUACUCCAACUCCUCCUCCUGCCAACGUCAAGAUCAAGAUGGUGCCUCGGGGGAAAGUAGUGGGCUUCCGCUGCGGGACCAAAAACAUGAAAGUGCCUCCAAAAGUCAGGUGGUAUAAGGACGGAGAACAGCUGUUGACCUCCAUCCCCGGCUACAUCGCCAUCAAAGAUCGCAAUCUGCGCAUCGUCGCUAACGAAUUCAACGAGGGAACCUACACCUGCCAGAUCCACCGGCGAGGCAGUGUCAUUUCGGCAAACUCGUGGGCCAUCAGGCUGAAACCGGAACGGCCAUCGAACAACAGUUGAUGGCGGCGAAGUGUCGGGGAAUCUCUUCCACUACCUCCUGCGCUCUCAUCCUCUCCGAGCGACUCGUUACCUCACAUUCAGAGUCUCUCGGUGGAGGACGUCACGGACCAGAUUCAUUCAGAAACGCUGAAACACAAGGGCUGUCUCGUAGAAACAUAAAUGUUUAGGGCUUUGUUUUAUAAGUAUGCGUAUUUUUGUGUUAAAUUUUUUUUUUUUACAAGAAGUAUUUUUUAUCUCAUCAAGCCAAUUUCUUCAAGGUUAGUGACCCGAGACAGAAUUAUACUAUAGAAAUGUAUCGUCAUUCUUUAUAUUGGAAGCUGUAGAACACUUCGGUCCGGUGUCUCAAACAUGCUUCAGUGCAUUCGACUAUUCAGCUUUUUAGUUCAUAGAAUUACCCAGAGACCCAUGCUGCAAAACUGAACAAAGGGAAAGAAACUGAUAAUACACUGAUAGGAGGUAAUACCAAAUCUGACUUUUCUUCUCUCAUCUCUAUAAAUGGGGAAGUGGUAGCUCAGUGGUUAAAAUGUUAGCUUUCUGAUGAGUUCAAAUCCCAGCACCACAUUUUCCUUUUGUAAUAAACAUAUUCUAUAUAUAUUUAAACAGGUUCACUUGUCUACUGUGGGGAAUUAAAGAAUCAGCCAGCACCACUGCA